AUGCCUCACCAAAAUGAGAAAGAGAAGCGAAGGAAGAAGCGAGUCUGGAGCAUGGUCCUGGCUGGACUGGGAGAGGUGGGAGCUCCCAGGUCACAGCCAUCGUCACCAGCCACCAUCAGGCUGGUCGGCCGUGACCUUACAGCACAAGCAGGCCUGACCAGUGUCUCUGCCCGUGGGGCAGACCUGCUGGGAGCAGGGCAGGCUGCCAUGCUGCCCACUGCACGUCGAGCCUACACGCCUGCUCUGCUGAGCCUGAGCCUGGUUUGCUCAGAUGGCUAUGGGGCCUCAUCUGUCCCCCCCUCAGUCUCAGUUCUCCUGCCAACUCUUGGGGUCUUGCUAAAGAGCUUUCUCUUUGCAGAGGAUACCCUAUUCCCCUCCCUUGCCCUUGAUCCACAGGCUCACUGCCUGUCUCUUCACACAUCUGGCCACCAGCUGUUACCUCACACAUAG